UCAAAUUAAACAAAAGUAAUUCUGUAAAAUAAAUACAUGUAUUUAGGAGAGUCCGACGAUUUAGGAUGACGUCAGCCCUACGUAUGCGCCGGUCGGUCAGAGGAUUCUUCCUGAAUUCUCCGUUCAUGUGAUGUCACUCUAUCAAUUCGUCGUUGCUUCCGUCUGUCCCUGCGAGUCUUCCUUGUCUCUUGAUUGCAGAGCGGACUGGGACUCUUGAACUACCACUUGAGCACUGUCUCUCUCUUCUUCGCGGUUAAGUUGUUUGGUUUCCUAUUUCGAUUUGUCGAUUGUUUGCGGUGUUGGACGCGCUAGUCUCACCAGUAGAGAAAGUUGUGUACGAAUCUGUCGAGCGAAGGACCGGAGAGCAGCGUUAUGGCAGCAGUUGAUACAGAUGUGCCCAUGGGGCCAUCUGGCGAAGGGAGCAGCGCUGGAGCGAGUUCGAGUUCCAGGCGGCCGAAGCGUUUCGAGAUAAAGAAGUGGAAUGCUGUUGCUCUGUGGGCUUGGGAUAUCGUCGUUGACAAUUGUGCCAUCUGCAGAAACCAUAUCAUGGACCUUUGCAUUGAAUGUCAGGCCAAUCAAGCCAGCGCCACGAGUGAAGAAUGCACAGUCGCAUGGGGUGUUUGCAAUCAUGCCUUUCACUUCCACUGCAUCAGUCGAUGGCUGAAAACACGUCAAGUGUGUCCCUUGGAUAAUAGCGAGUGGGAGUUUCAGAAGUAUGGACGAUAAGAUGCGUGUACUUCACUUGAAUGGGGUUCAAACGCAUAGCAGGCGAGAUCUGCCAGAUAACUGGCAUUGCAUAACACGGAUUACGUGACCGAAGCUAGCUGGAAGCACAGGCUAAUCGGUACGAUCGGUCCGAGUGUUUCGAUUUCUCCGAUGAUAGGUCUUUGUUAAAGUUAAGUGUGCAAGGCCCAUCUGACAGUUAAAAGAUCUACAGGAUUGAUCACUUUCAUGUUGUCAAACCAUGUUUACAUGUGCCUUGCACUUUCCCUAAUAUUUCCUCUUAGCUGGUGAUAAGUCACGAUUUGUCUCGGAAUUGGCCGAAGGGAUUUCGCGCGAGAGCACUCUUGUCCUUAGCGUUUGAUAUGAGAAGGUGAAGUAAGGAGUUGAGGGACUUGCUGCUGGUAGAAGCUGCGGAGGGUCAGAGUCAGUACUGUGUUUUCACAUUGUACAUUUUUGUCAUUUGUUCAUACACCCUGAGGGAUCUGUCUUCUACCAGCCAACAUUGUUGUGGUGGGAGCUUGAAUCUUUGGUUUUGGAUGUACUGCGGCCAUUAUUCGCGUGUUCAUCACCUUCAAAGUAGUCAGUAUUUCCCAUGUAGAUAUAAGUCGUUGUAUACGGCACGUUGCGAUGUCUGCCUCCGGUCUGCAUCUCUUUCGACAUAUAUAUAUAUAUGUUUGCACCUUGAACUGAUAUUCACCCGCCAAAGAGUACUUGUUCAGAAUGAUGAUGCAAGGUUUGGGCCAGAUACGCCGAGGUUUCUUUGUUGGAUGGAGAGGCCAGAAGCAAUUUCAAAUGAAGUCAAAGCUUCAGUGUAAACUUGAAGUAAAUUUUACUUAAUAUGGAACUUCAAGUUAACCCUC